AUGAAGCCCUGGGUUCUCCUACUCAUCAUGCUCAUCUAUGGGGUUGUGAUGCUUCCGCCUGUGCUGGGAGGCCUCAAGAACGAGACUUUUUGUAGGUGGUAUGACAUGGGAGGAGGGGGCUCUGCCCAAGCCUGGCAUGUCUGGGUGCUGGUACAGCCUCCAUUAAAGUAUUGUGAGAAGAGGUGCACUAAAUUACAAGAGUGUUUAUCUCCCAAUCAUACAUGCUGUUGGACCUUCUGUGGAAACAUCUGCUUGGACAAUAGAGAACCCUUUAAAUCCAUGCUAAACCCCUAG